CGUAGGGGCGGGGCCAGUGGCAGGAGCAAAAGCGCAAUGGUGGUGCCGAGUCUCUGUUGGCUCUUGGCGCGUACUGCUGACCCUGACGGCUGACAGCUGACAGUCUGAGAGAGGCAGCGCGUUGUGCUGGUUGUACGUGUGUGGCGCGGGACUCCCUUCAUUCUCGGCAACUUUAACAUUCUGUCUUUGACUACCGAUAUAUACGUACUGAUCUUAUUUUGAUCAGCGAUUUGCACUAAAGGAAGAUAAAUUGCAGUUCUUAGAGGAGAGGAAAUGGUAAAUGAUUUAAAAGCAAGGUGCUUGCUGUCAACAAUGAAGCGUUGAAGUGACAUCCCGAUGUAUAAAUUGACAUCAGCGUGAACUAAUUCCGCUUUACGGAUCUCUCCAAGAAAUUCUCUAGGACUUUAUCCACAAAAAUCAUCAGCAAGGGGGUGACACUCACACAACAUCAGCCAUGGGUUGUGCGAUGAGCAAUGUUGAGAAAGAAGCAGCAGAAAGAAGCAAAAAAAUAGACAAAGAUCUACGGCUUGCAGGAGAGCAAGCUGCCAAAGAAGUUAAGCUUUUAUUACUUGGGGCAGGGGAAUCGGGUAAGAGCACCAUUGUCAAACAGAUGAAGAUCAUUCAUGAGACGGGAUAUUCUCAUGAAGAAUGUGAACAGUAUCGCCCUGUUGUGUAUUCCAACACUAUCCAGUCCCUCAUGGCCAUCAUCAGAGCAAUGGGUCAACUUAAAAUAGACUUCAAGGAUUCCAGUAGAGCAGAUGAUGCGCGGCAUUUCUUCACAUUAGCGAGUGCAGCUGAUGAGGGGGAGUUGACACCUGAAUUAGCAAAUAUCAUGAAGCGUUUGUGGAAUGAAAGUGGUGUCCAGCACUGUUUUAGUCGGUCACGGGAAUACCAGCUGAAUGAUUCUGCAGCUUAUUACCUAAAUGCCCUGGAUCGCAUUGCUCGACCAGGAUAUAUUCCCACACAGCAGGAUGUUCUCCGCACCAGAGUAAAAACUACAGGCAUUGUCGAAACAAAUUUUGCUUUCAAAGGUCUAAAUUUCAAAUUGUUUGAUGUUGGUGGUCAAAGAUCAGAGAGGAAAAAAUGGAUCCAUUGCUUUGAAGGAGUGACUGCCAUCAUCUUUGUUGUUGCUUUGUCAGGUUACGACUUGGUCUUAGCAGAAGAUGAGGAGAUGAACAGAAUGAUUGAGAGCAUGAAGCUCUUUGACUCUAUUUGCAACAACAAGUGGUUUGUUGACACAUCUAUCAUUCUUUUCCUUAACAAGAAGGAUUUGUUUGAAGAGAAGAUCACAAAGUCACCUUUAACAAUCUGUUUCCCAGAAUAUCAAGGCAACAAUACUUAUGAAGACUCAGCGAAUUACAUUAGAAUAAAAUUUGAAAACCUCAACAAACGAAAGGAUCAAAAAGAAAUAUACACCCACUUCACAUGUGCCACAGACACCAACAAUAUCCAGUUUGUGUUUGAUGCUGUGACUGAUGUCAUCAUUAAAAACAACCUCAAGGACUGUGGGCUAUUUUAAUAUAAACUCAUGCUCAACUGCUUGAGGGUCUGUUGCAAGUCAAUCCCUCUGCCUCUCAAAACAUCAAUUUAUAUAAAAGGGAAAUUCUAAUUUGGCUUUUCACCAAAUAUCAACAUUCCUGUGUGGAAAAAGUUUAUAAAGUACUGGCAUGCUAUAGCCACAUGUUAAGAGACAGACAUGUGUGUAUGUAACCCAUAGGAAAUUCAAGUGUUGGAAAAAAAACAUACUUCAGUAUGUAUGAGUGUAUGCUGUGUAUAGUUGAACUCUAUACUUACCCACGAGUGUAUGCACAAUGCUGAUAUGUAGAAUUAUUGAAUGUGUGGAAUUUUUGUGUGCCAUGUGUUUCUUUGGGCCAGUGACUAUUAUGCGACUUAUGUGUGGCCAUGUGCAUCAUACUCAUGUUGUACUGCCUGGAAGCCUUGUGGUAUAUGUAUUUAGCUUUCUUUGAUAAAAACAGCAGUCUUUCUUGAAGCUUAUUGAUUGUAUUUUGUUUAUCAAAGUGCAGGUUAGCACAGGCACCUGUUACUAGAAGUUCAGGCACACCUCUUUCCUCAUGAAGCAUUUGGCAUUGCAGUUAUGAAAUUUUAGAAAGGAAGGUCAUUAAAUUAUAUAUAUAUAUAUAUAUAUAUAUAUAUAUAUAUAUAUAUAUAUAUAUAUAUAUAUAUAUAUAUAUAUAUAUAUAUAUAUAUAUAUUGUAAAUUAAAUUUUGAAAAUAAUAGUUGUAAAAUACUGGCAUGCAAGGAAAUUAUUUAUUUUAUGUCAGCAGGUACGGCAUAAUUGAUCAGUAAUGUAGACUUGUGCAAUCAUUGCUGGAGAGGCUGAACUCCUUCCAUGAAACUUAGCUUAUCACUUGAUAUUUUCAGAAGUAAAUCUUGUAAAAAACUUUUAGUGUGUUCUUGUUUCAAGAGCAGUGCCAAAGUUUAACUCUGAUUAUAACUUCCGUAUAUACAUAGCAAGGGCUGUUAUGCAUUUAGUAUUUCCAGUGUGAACAUGAAGCAUCUUUGUAGAGACUGCAGAUUUGGUACAGCAAGAAUCUUUUUACAUCAUUUCACCUCAUGAUUUUUUAUAUGCAACAUUCCGUUAAACCUGUAUUAAAACCAAACGUGUUAUUCAUUACAUUUUAUAUUCAUUUGUUUUCAGUUCAUGAUUGGUAACAUUUUAUUGAGUAUGUAUAGGUAACCAAACUUAUAUUCAUGAGGGUUGUAGGUAACAAAAUGAACAGUUUUUUAUUUUUUUUAUAUUUUUUUUAUUUUUUAUUUUUUUUAUACAUUUGCUAACUUAUAUUACAUUUUUCCCUGAUGUUACUGUAUUAUGUUGCACUAUUAGCAAUGGUUAUAAUUAUGAUAAUAUUUGAAACAGACCAACUGCUGUUGAUUAUUCUGGCAGAGAGAUGAUAUAUGAACAUUACAAAAUACAUAUAAACAAAUAGGCAAUUACUGCAUCUGACAACUCCAUCAUGCUAGGGUGGCAUCAUAUUACCUUGUAGCAGCACCUUACAUUAGUAAACUUGUCAAUCAACUGCUUUUGUGGUAAUCUUAGUACAAACUCAGAGGCAGUAUCAGAUUUGUUGUGAUGAUGAUGAGAGUGGGCAACCAAUGCAUUAGUGAGUGCCUUCCUGUAGGAGAGUUUUGGUACUGCACUAUGUACAAGUUAUCAUACAUAAUACUUAUAUGUACUUUCCAUCCUUUUUUUACUCAUAUGUAGCAUAAGAAAAUAAUGAUUAAGAUUAAACUUUGUUUUUGGAAGGAAGUAUGUUUUAAUAAAUCUGUCUAUCAUUAUACACAGUUAUCGUAAUAUUGAUGAGUUAAUUUUUCGAGGAUGAAAAAUAUUAAUUCUUGAUUGAAAUCAAGCUGUUGGAAAGAGGAAACAAAAAAUCAGUCAGUUCAAUGGGGAGAAAAAUGAUAAAGCAAGAUUUUAAAUGCAUGCAGUAACUUAGCAGUACUGUAAGUAAUUCUUGUAGUAUGGUUUUACAGGCCAAGUGCCAAAGCUUGAUACCUGUCACACCAGGUUCACUUGCAGUGUUACAUGGGUAUUUCAAAACAUCUUUUAUUAUUAUUAUUUUUUCAGAAAAUAUAUUUGAGUGUAUUUUAACAGGCAAAAAAACCAUAGUAGAUAUGUUUUAUAGUACAUUUAUAUAUAGUAUAUAUAAAUAUAGAUAUAUGCGUUUGACCUCAUGACAGACAGCAAGAGCUCUGGGGGUCAGUAAGGAAGUGAGGGACACAGCAAUGUGUGUGUGUGUGUGGGUGUGUGUGUGGGUGUGUGUGUGUGUGAUUGUGUGUGCAAUAAAAGGGCAGGGCAAAGACUCCUGUGGUGAGGGAGCAGGCAAUCCUGACCUCUCACUAUCUCCCGAUCCUCUCAGCUCAAGGCCUGUGCACUGGUGAUAGGUUUAUCAGCAUAAUUUUCCUAUUAUUUCAUAAUAUUUGUAUAUUGUAUUAAAUGCUAAAUUUCAUGCUAUGCUCUAUAAGAACAAAGAAUGUAAAUAUCUUGCAUGUUUCUAGAAAAUUUAUAGUGCUGAAUUUUGUGUGUACAUAAAAUUUUCUUUUUUUCGGAAAUUAGGUUGCUAUGACGUGAAGCACUCUUGCUUGUCCUCUGGGUUCAUUUGUGGCAUUUUCUAAUAUGAUUUUAUCAUUCAUAUUUUUCAUGUUUUUUGUGCAGCAAAUAAUUGUUUUACAUCUUUCAGUAAAAUUUGCUGAUAAUGGCAAAGUUAGCAGCAGGUUUUAGCCAAAUAUUUAAUGUAUAUAUAUUUUUUUAAUUUUUUAUUAUUUUUUUUUAGGUGACUAUUUAGAGUUCUGUUUGAUUAUAGUUACAAUGACACUGAAGAGAUGUGAACACAUGCAGUGAAAAAUUAAUGGCUUGUUUUUCCCCACUGCAUGUGUGACAGACUUUGCUGUACAUGAUUAGGUGCACAAAUUGACACAGACCUAAACCAUUCCUAUGAGUACUAUGGACUUUACUAGAUCUUAUCAGUGUAUUUCUGUCUUUGUCUAACUUCGUGUCACUUCUAACUUGUUUACCUAACUCUUCUAUGUCUAAAACUGUCUAUGUCACUCUUUAAUCAUUUCUGUUAUUAACCUCCCCACCUUUCCUCUCUCUCUCUCUCUCUCUCUCUCUCUCUCUCUCUCUCUCUCUCUCUCUCUCUCUCUCUCUCUCUCUCUCUCUCUCUCUCUCUCUCUCUCUCUCUCUCUCUCUCUCUCUCUCUCUCUCUCUCUCUCUCUCUCUCUCUCUCUCUCUCUCUCUCUCUCUCUCUCUCUCUCUCUCUCUCUCUCUCUCUCUCUCUCUCUCUCUGUCUCUGUCUCUCUGUCUCUCUCUCUCUCUCUGUCUCUCUCUCUCUCUCUCUCUCUCUCUCUCUCUCUCUCUCUCUCUCUCUCUCUCUCUCUCUCUCUCUCUCUCUCUCUCUCUCUCUCUCUCUCUCUCUCUCUCUCUCUCUCUCUCGUCGGUGCACCUGCUUUUGCUUUAGUCUAUCUGCUUCUAUAUUUUGUUGAUGCCUAUGCAUAUUUCUCUCUCUCUCUCUCUCUCUCUCUCUCUCUCUCUCUCUCUCUCUCUCUCUCUCUCUCUCUCUCUCUCUCUCUCUCUCUCUCUCUCUCUCUCUCUCUCUCUCUCUCUCUCUCUCUCUCUCUCUCUCUCUCUCUCUCUCUCUCUCAUGCACUUAAAUGUAUCCUUUUUAUCUCCAUGUCCAUGCUUGUAUUAUUUAAAUAUAAAAAGUUUUAUUUUAGCAAAAAAGAUACGAUUCAUCAGCAUAGAUGUGCCGAUUUGCAGAAAAUUCCAUUUUGUGCAUUAACAUACUUUAGUGGAACAGGAGUUUAUAUUAUGGUAAGUGUAGCAGUUUACAGAUUGAGUUUGCUGUACUUUUGUCAAAAUCAGAUGUACCAUAGUGCCCUGUUAUUGGAAUAACCAUUAAACAUUUGAAUCUAACUGUAGGGACCCUAUAAACGUUGUAUAACAUUCAGAGCUUGAGUCUAAAUUGUGUCAUAUGCUUCAUUUCUAGAAUAAUUGCUAUUGACUGAAUAUAAAGGUUUCAUUUAAAACAUUUUCAUACUUAAAGAAUGGGGUAUUUUUUGUCAUAUUGCAGGAAUGCAUCACAUAUGUACAAUUGUUGUUUAACAUAACAUGUCUUUAAAAGCAACCUAAAUUGAACAACAGUCUGAUCUCCACUUUCACAAAUUGUACUUUUGUGAUCAGUAGCUUUCUUGACAGUGAAAUAUGGAACAUUUCACCUUGCAUACUUUCUGUAGUUCAUUUGCAGAACAGUUACACAGCAGUUCCAGUGGGUAACCUGAUAGUGUCUGGAGUGAUGGAUAAGUGCAGCCCAUCACUAAAUGCAUAAUUAAAUCAUUAUAAAUUGAAAAUCAGUGUAGGUAUCAACCUUAAUGCAAACCAUUGCACCAUACAUAUAUUUAAUACCUGUAUUAUACAAUUUCCUGUAAAUUAAUUGGAACAGUAAACUAAACAACACUAUAUUGUAAUGCAUAAUAGCACCAGAACUACAGCUAGCAAUGCCAUCACCAUUGUGUGAUUGAAAUAGAAUAAAUAUUGCAGCAUUGUACUAGGGAUGGCCAUCACUGACAGGGAAGGAUGUUAAUUUUUCUUCAUGGUUAAAGUGAACCAUCACAUUAUGAGGACUUAAAAUAUAUGUGUGAUUGCAUAAAUACACCUAUGUACCUAGCAGAAGGAACUUUAGUACAGUAUAUGCUUCUGAUUAAGUAAUGUGUGUAGCAGGAAGACAGGAAUGGAAGCGGAGUUACUCUAGGUUUAACAUUUAACUGUUCAACAUAUGAGUAUGAGUUAUACUUACCAUUUAUACAUGCAUUACUUGUGCAGUCAUUGCAAAGAAGUGGAGAUCAGAUGUGAAGUUUUUAACUAUAAUCAGUGCAGCAAGUGAUUUUUUUUUUUUUUCCUCACAUAUUAAGAAAAUGGCUUUUUGUGUAGUUUGCAAAUGUGUGGGUUAUGCCUGUUCUUUAUUCAGAUGAUUACAAUUAUAAGUUUUCACCAUAGUACUUAGAAGAAUUUAGAAUAUAUUAGUAGGGCAUCAGUAUCUUAAUUGCAUUAUAAUGCACUAGUUAUUAAAAUAUUUUUGGAUGCUUUUCACACUUUAGUUUUCUAUGAUCAAAUGUUACCCAAAGAUAAUUUUACCACCAAGCCAUUGUCAGGUCUUGGAAUGAGCCACAUCAGCUAUUGUUGUACCAAAUUUUCUAUAGUAAAAUGUAAUUUUAAUAAUAUAACAUUGUUAGCAUUAAUUUGCCUUCUCAUCAAAGGAUGAAGGAAAUGUUGGUAGCUGCUCACUACUGUAGAAAUGAAGUGUUUCCCUUUAAUAUGUUAGCACUAGUUUAUUAUUCAUUCAUGUGGUCUUCUCCCAAACAAGUAGAGUGACACAAGGAAAAGCCAAAAUGCAUAAAUACACUCAAAGUUUUAUAUAUCAGUUUUUUUUUUUACACAUCCUAAAAUUUUGACCAAAUUAAAAUUUUACACAAU